ACCACUUAGGUCCGGAGCAAAGGCUCAUGGGAAGCAUUGGACGCCUGGCUCGUCUGUGUGCAGCAGCAGCCUAAAGAUACAAAGGAAGGAGCGUCGCCAAGUGCGGAAUUAAGCUAACUCUUUACAUCUAUUCAGCAGCAAGCGGUACCUUUACAGAGCCUCUUUUGAAUCCACAACUUUAGCAGUUAUAGUUUGGUACCAUGCCAAAGAAUGAGGAGAGGCGAAGUUUUAUAAUAAAAUAAUAAGACGUGCGUAAGACUGGGCUGCUUCUGGAACCGCGGAGACUGAUGGGUUAUGAAUGAAAUAUGCAGAUGAAUGUAUUCCUACUGCUGUUGCUCAUGCCAUGGCUGGCCUUACCACACAGCUAUAAAUUAGCCACCCAGGGAAAAGAAAUCCAGCUGGGGUUCAACUCUGCAACAUCAACAUAAGCAGAAGCAAAACCAUCUUCAUAUGCAGGUUUCCUGUGAACACUAAGCUCCUGAACAACAAGUGUGAGAAGUCAUUUCUUCUGAAUUUAAAAAAAUACAAAAAAGUGAUCAAAUUCAAGGAAAAGACAGGCUAAGAAAGAGAAGAGAGAUGAAGCUGCUGAAUGCAGCUCAAGGCAGAUUGAAAUUGUCACAGUGUCUGCAAAGCAGUACAAACAAGGGUGAAGCUUCUAAGGCAAGGCUGUCUGUGCAAUAAAAAGAAUAGGAUCAUGGGAGAUAUGAAGACCCCCGAUUUUGAUGACCUCCUUGCAGCGUUUGAUAUCCCAGACAUGGUUGAUCCUAAAGCAGCUAUUGAGUCUGGGCAUGACGACCAUGAAGGGCAGAUCAAACACAAUGUUCAUGCUGAGGAGGAUGUCCAUGCACCACCUGUGCCUGAUGUUGGGGUUAGUGUUAUUGUGAAAAACAUCCGCAAUGUUGAUUCCUGUGAACCAGCAGUUACAGAGAAAGAGAUUCAUGCAACAGGGAAUGGUCUGCAUAAUGGUUUUCUGGCUAUGACUGCUAUUGAUCGUUAUGCUAAAGAUACAGGCAAGUCUCUGAAUGAUGAAGCUCAUGGUCCUGUAAUAAAAGACUCCUUCAAUCAGUUCAGCCCCAUUUCUAGUGCAGAAGAGUUUGAUGAUGAUGAUAAAAUUGAAGUUGAUGAUCCACCAGACAAGCAGGAAAACCGAACUAAUUACCGUGUUAACACUCUUACAGGCAUGGGGAACAAACAGGAGCAGGACAGAUCAAAGGUUUUGGUUAUGGACAGUUUGUGUAAGCAAGGAGCUAAUCACGAUCCAGACAAAUCAAAAACAAUUAAACGAGAAAAAGAAGGCAGCCAAGCAAACAUAAGCAUUUAUGAACACCCAAAAGCAAAGAAGCUGGAAGAGAAGCCCAAAGAUAGCACUCAAAAGUCUGUAGAUGUGAAAGGACUUCUGGAAAAGACAACAACAAACACCACCAUUGCUGCUCAAGUUAAAACUAAGUCAUCUGCAAAGUUGUCUUCCUGUAUAGCAGCAAUUGCUGCUCUAAGUGCAAAGAAAGCUACUACGGAAAAUGUUACUGAACCACAUUGUAGCCCAAGGGAUUCUCCUAGAGAUAAAAAAGAAUUAUCCAUAGUCACAGAAAAAACACUGGACCCUCAAAGCCCUGUUGAGUCUGCCAGGAAAGGAUGCAGCAAACAGCCAGAGAGUCCUAGUAGUAUUUAUAGUGAAAGUAGUAGCAAAGGUUCUCCAUCCUCUCCUGCAGGCAAUACGCCUGCUAUUCCAAAAGUUCGCAUUAAAACAAUCAAGACUUCAUCAGGCCAGAUUAAGAGGACAGUCACUAGAGUUUUGCCAGAUGUGGAUUAUGAAAGUGGUAAAAAAGUCUCUGACCAGCCAUCUUCUAUUGUAGUCUCUUCUUUUUUAUCAUCUCCGACUUCCACAUAUGUCUCUGUUUCUUCACCUAGAACUCCACUACAGACUACUGUUGUGGCAACCACUGCCAGUUCAGCUGCUGAAAUAACCCCUAAGCAGGUAACCAUUAAACCAGUUGCUACUGCAUUUCUGCCUGUUUCGGCUGUAAAGACUGCCGGUUCUCAAGUAAUAAAUCUGAAGCUGGCAAACAACACAACAGUGAAAGCUACGGUAAUACCCGCUGCAUCUGUCCAGAGUGCCAGCAGUGCCAUCUUAAAGGCUGCGAGUGCAAUUCAGCAGCAGACUGUGGUGGUGCCAGCCUCAAGCCUAGCGAGUGCCAAGCUAGUACCAAAGACAGUUCAUCUCACAAAUCUAAACCUCCUGCCUCAAACAUCUUCAGCAACCUCAGAACUUCGCCAAGUGCUCUCUAAACCACAGCAGCCAAUAAAGCAAGCCAUGAUUACCACACAACCUCCUAAAAAGGUUUCUAGAGUACAGGUGUUAGCUAGUUCACAGAGCUCGGUGGUGGAGGCUUUUAACAAGGUUCUGAGCAGUGUCAACCCUGUACCUGUGUAUGUUCCCAAUCUUAGCCCUCCAUCCUCGGCUGGGAUUGCUAUACCAUCCCGUGGCUAUAAGUGCUUAGAAUGUGGAGAUUCCUUUGCUCUUGAGAAGAGUCUAACACAGCAUUAUGAUAGGCGAAGUGUCCGCAUUGAAGUCACAUGUAACCACUGUGCUAAGAAUCUAGUUUUUUACAACAAAUGCAGUCUUCUUUCUCAUGCCCGUGGCCAUAAGGACAAAGGGGUGGUUAUGCAGUGCUCACAUUUAAUUCUGAAGCCCAUUCCCGCUGACCAGAUGAUUGCAUCACCAUUACACGCUUCUGUAGCAGCUACUACAACCAUUCAUAAUGUUUCUGCAACAGCUAUAAAUGCGGUGGCAAAAACUGCAACAGCUUCACUUAACACUGUCAUAUCUGCACCCUCAAGUUCCCCAGUGGUACCAGCCAUGCCUCUUGAUGAAGAUCCAUCUAAGCUGUGCAGGCAUAGCCUUAAAUGCUUAGAAUGUAGUGAAGUUUUCCAAGAUGAGGUUUCUCUUGCUAUGCAUUACCAGCAAGCAGCAGAAUCAAAUGGGCAGAAAACAUGUACUGUCUGCCAAAUGCUACUUCCAAACCAGUGCAGCUUUGCAUCACAUCAAAGGAUACAUCAACAUAAAUCUCCAUAUACCUGCCCUGAAUGUGGAGCCAUAUGUAGGUCUGUCCACUUCCAGACUCAUGUCACUAAGAACUGUCUACAUUAUACCCGUCGGGUAGGAUACCGUUGUGUCCACUGCAGUGUUAUAUAUGCUGAUAUAUGUGCUCUCAAGUCCCAUAUUCAGGGUUCUCACUGUGAAAUAUUCUACAAAUGUCCAAUUUGUCCAAUGGCAUUUAAGUCUGCCCCAGGAACACAUUCACAUGCUUACACCCAACAUCCUGGAGUAAAAAUAGGUGAACCAAAAUUAAUAUACAAGUGCUCAAUGUGUGACACCGUAUUUACUCAACAAGCAUUGCUUUAUACACAUUUUGAUCAACAUAUAGCUAAUCAGAAGGUAUCUGUCUUCAAGUGUCCAGACUGUUCAAUGCGUUAUGCACAGAAACAACUUAUGCUGGAUCACAUAAAGUCUAUGCAUGGUACAUUAAAAACAAUAGAGGGUCCUCCAAACCUAGGAAUCAACCUACCAUUAAACAGCAAAUCAACAAACCCUAUUUCUUCAAGUCAGAGUAAUAAAGAUGCAAGCCCUGUUAAUGGGACAGAACAAAGUGAAAAGAAACCUCAGCCACCUGUGAAGAAAGCAAGUAACCCCGGUUGGAUGUGUCGAGAGUGUGACAAAUUGUUUACUCAAAGAGAAGUCUACAUAUCUCAUAUGAGGCGAGAACAUGGAAAGCAAAUGAAGAAGCACCCAUGUCGUCAGUGUGACAAGUCCUUCAGUUCCUCACAUAGUCUUUGUCGACACAACCGAAUUAAGCAUAAAGGAAUCCGCAAGGUCUACAACUGUCCACAUUGCCCAGAUUCAAAUCGGACUUUCAGUAAAAGGCUAAUGUUGGAGAAACACAUUCAGUUAAUGCAUGGCAUUAAAGAUUCUGAUGGAAAACAAGCAACAGAACCCAGCAGUAAUGAUGAAACCUCUAUAAAGGAAGACAUAAAGGUUCCCAGUCCUAAACGAAAACUGGAAGAGCCAUCUGUGGAAUUCCGUCCCCGAGGCGCAAUAACACAGCCUUUAAAGAAAUUAAAAAUUAAUGUUUUCAAAGUGCACAAGUGUGCUGUUUGCAACUUUACUACAGAGGACAUUGUCAAGUUUCAUGAACACAUCCCUCAACAUAAGUCUGAUGGCUCUUCGUUUCAGUGUAGAGAGUGUGGUCUCUGUUAUACUUCACACAACUCCCUCUCUAGACAUCUCUUCAUAGUUCAUAAACUAAAGGAACCUCAGCCAGUAUCUAAACAGAAUGGUUCUGGAGAAGACAACCAGCAGGAAAACAAACAGGAUCAGGGCAGUUCAUUGUCUGAUACUGCAUCUGACCGAAAGUGCAAGGUUUGCUCCAAGACUUUUGAAACUGAAGCUGCCUUGAACACUCACAUGAGAACACAUGGCAUGGCGUUUAUUAAAUCUAAAAGAUUAAAUGCAGCAGAAAAGUGACAAGAAUAAUGGAGCAUUUUAGUUGGACUUCAUCAACUCCAAAUUCCCAUCCCAGCAGCCUUCAAACUGAGUCAUGGAAACAUUUCAUGCAGUGCCUGUAAGGCUACUGUUUGUGCUUACACUUUAAAUCUCUUGUAUAUGAUACCUCCUUAUUGUUACCCUUAAGUGUUAAAGGCAUUAUCUAUAUUUAAAAGCAAUUUGUGUAUAUUUAAAUACAAUAUAAAAAUCACAUUUUGUACAAUUUAUGCUAUGUGUUUGUAUAGAUGUUAUAUGGAUUUAGAUCUUUUCUGCCUUUUUAUAUUGGGUUGUUUCUUUCAAAGGAGAUUUCUGUGUCAGAAGUCUUCAGUAUCAUACAAAACAAUGGAAGUGUUAAAUAUUAUGAAGAACUUUUAGCGUGAGAUUUCUUAUAUAACUUCACAUUCUGCCGUAUUUUAUCGUUGUGGCUGCCAAAGUCUGAGGACAGAUUAUAGAACAAACACUAGUCAGUUGUGAUGUUAUUGAUUUCACUCCUCUGUUUUGUAAGAAAUUAUGAAAGGAAUUUUAAUUUAAUGAAAAACUGAAAAAAAUUAAUAUAUCAAUUUUUACCAUAGUGGAAGAGAGAGGCUUGUAACAUUCAAACCGUAAUGACAUUUGUGUAGAACAGACAUAUAUCAAAAUGUUCAUGCUGCCUUUAAGUCUCAAUAAAAUGAAUAUGGGUGUUUAAAUAAAACGACAAAAAAUUAAAAAAAAAAAAACAAAUCUGCCACAUCAGGGAAAGGAGGCGUAAAGGGUUUGCCACCAGAAUGUAUUUUGCCGCAAUGAAAAGUUAUAAUAAUGAGAGCUACACACCAAUGUAUCAUGCAGAUUGUUGUUGAAUGUAUCAUAAGGUUCUUCAGGGAAAAUUGUGAAAAGUUAAUGGGCUGAUGAUGAAUUCAGAAAAAUCCUUGUGGUUGUAGUUCUUAAAGUGUGUGCGCAUCAGCAUGGACAUUUUGAUGGGAAGAGUGUGUGAAGCUGAAGCAGAGGAUCCUGCUUUGGCUGUGCUGUUCACUUGAUUAUCACCUUUUAUCAUGAGCCAGAAUUUCAGUCCAGUUUCAUUGUUUGGGGAAAAUGAUCUCUUUGGUUAAAAUUGGUAUGAAAAAUAAUUCUCUGUGAGAGUUUAAUUUCUUUUCUGUCACUUUUCCUCUUUUGUUUUUAUAUACAUGUAUUUCUUCAAAGAAUGUUUUGUACUUUUUUUUUUUUGUGUAGACAACAAAAUGCAUGAGAAGCUGUAACAGUCGUUACCUGGUUCUUAGGAUGUGUCUUGCUGCUGUUAGGUAGAUGUCAGACGUAAAUGUACAAAAUGUUGCUGAUGUCAAUAAAAUAUGGAAGUUGUCCACCAGAA